GGGACUUCCGGCUGCUGCCAUAAAGUGACAGACUUCUCCUCCUUAAAAUUGGAAGAAAAAGCGAAGGACGACGCGUUACAAGUUCAAAACAGUAAGACACUAACACGAAACAACAAAUAAGUUUAUUAGCUUGUUUAUAACCUGUGAUACUGUCACAUUAACUUUAAAGUUUGAACUACACAACGUGUUAUAUCGCUUAAAGCAGCUAACCGGCCAACCGAGUCCUGCCUGUAGUUUGGUAAAUUCAAUGCUGCGUUCAGGGGAGGCUCGUUAAUAGGUAAACGUGAGAAAGUUACACUGUACGGAUCAUUUCAUCAGCUAUGAACUCGUAUUUUGUUUUCUUUUCCUUAAACACACGAAUAGUUAAACUCCGGGCGGUUUUACCCAGUUGUUUGGAUGCUGACACGUAUCUGUAACCAUCAAAAUAGAAGAAAAAUCACUCAUAACAUCCCAUCAUACUUCAUGACUCAAGAGGAAUAGAAAAUAAACGUCAGGGUUUUUCCAGUGAAACAGUUUUAACCCUAGGCUAGUCUACUUAAUCCGACAUUGGGGCGUAAAAACAAAAUCUGCAUCGGAAACACAUCUUUUCUAGGUUAUGAAUUGACUUUUAACACCCGUUGACAAAGUACGCUCACCUGGACGUGAUUACAUAACUAAUAGUUAUUACAAGAAGUCUGUCGGUGUUGAAUAUUAAUAAUCAGCCACUUUGUAAAUUGACAAUAACAGAACAAUAUUCUGACUAUGGAUUAGUUUGCUCUCGGUUUGCUUUCGGGAUGAUAACAAUCGCCCAGUUGUUGUUAUUACAAUGUUCAGUCGUUAAACCGACUAAAAACUACACAGGAGAUUAAUAGAUGAUAACAAAAAUGGCUACACAAACAUCACUUUGUCUUUGUGUUUCUUACACAUAACAGGAGAGCCAGUCUGUUCUUGAGUCUGUCACUGUUUAAGCAGGGUGGAGGACACCCAAAGGGACACACCUGACCAUCACAGGACUAACACGAACAGGGGACUCACGUUUGUGCCUGCAGGCAGUGUACAGUCACUGUCCAGGCCUUUGCUUGUCUGUGGAAUGUGGGAUUGAAUGUAAAUGGAAAAAAACAAACCUACGCACUGUCAGCUUCUUCUCAGGAAGGGUUUGGCCUGGGCUUCAAAGCCAGGUCCUUUUUUUUUUGUCAGACAAAACUAGUAAUCAUGUUGAGGUCAAAGAUGUUUGCUGUGUCUUCAAGUAGGAUUCAUUUUGCUUCUGUUCAAGUCCUGUUUUUAGAGAUUCACUUCUCCACAAACAAUAAGACAAUAAUAAUUUACUGAAUGCAUCCAAAACUAGAAAAGCACUCGUAGAACGCAGACCUCCGCCAAGCAGCUCAUGUUCCCCCUUAUAUUGUGAUUCACACCAAAACUUUUACUGUUACGUGUCUUUUAUUAACUUUCAUUUGUGUUUAAACUGGUAUGUUCACUGAUUAUAAUGUUCCUAAAACAACAAAGCUCAUAUUAGAUACAUAAAUGCAUGAUUUAUUAUGCAAUAUUUGUAAGCGUAUACUUCCUUGUAUCUUCAUUGGUUAUCUUUCAGCAUUGAAAAUUCCAACAACACUAAUUUUUGUGUGUUCUGGAUCACAGUAUCCAGAAUUUUGUCUGGAUCAGGAUCAACCUUUGACACCUCAUAAAACUCAUUGAGAUCCUUUUGUGUUAUUUUUUACUAAAGACUCUGGACAUUUUUAUAGAGUUAAAUGCAAAAAUUCCAAAAUUUGCCCUAUCUCACAAAAAUAAAGAAUCCUUCAAAAAAAUUCCUGGAUCCAGAAGGUGAUCUGGAUCACCACCAGAAUGUAAUGGGAUCCUCCUGGGGCUGAGACACACCUCUGGUGAAAAUUUCAGGUCAAUCCGUCUGUAACUUUCUCCGUAAAGUUGCUAACAGACAAACAAACAAACAAACCAACGCUACCGAAAACAUAACCUCCUCAGCUGAGGUAACAUAUACCCACGAUUUAUGAUGACAAAAUAAUCCAUCAGUAAUUAGGUUAUUUCUUUGUGUGCCCUAGAUUGUAAUGAUUUUCAGACAUGGACGACAUAAACCUUCAUUAUCGCUUUCUAAACUGGAGGAGGCGAAUACGAGAAAUUCGUGAGGUACGAGCUGUGAGAUACCGUGAACGGCUGAAAAAGAUGUUAAGAGAUGGAGACAUACUGAGGUACCAGUAAUGAGUGUUUGCAGUAUGAGAGCAUGAAUUGUAGAUACAGAUUUAUCAUGUAUAAAAACUAGAUGAAAUGCUACAGAAUGUGUCUGAUUACAGUUUUAUUAAGUACAGUUAUAUGUCUUCCUCUAGGUACCAUGGGAACUCAGAUGAAGUCGGCUGUUUUGUAGCGGCGAGGCCUUUGUCAAAGAGAAAUCGCUAUUAUGAGGUAAGAGUUGACAAUUUUCUUUUAACUCUUGACUCAAAAAACAGCAAAGUUGACGUCAGUGUAGCUUGACAGCAACAAAUGUGUUGAUCAGUAAGUUGAGUUCACAAAAUUGCUUUACUCACAAUUUAUAGUUUUUGUCCUUCUUCAAUGAUGAAUCAAAUUGAGUCUGGCUGCAGCUCUUCUGUCAUUUUAAUUACUUUCCUUUGUUAAACAAGUUUAAUGAGGUUUUCAGCUGUUAUUUGCAACAUCUGUUCAAUAAAUUGUAUAUAUAUAUGUUUUAAAUGACUCUUUCAAGACUUCAGAAAGAAAUUGGGUUUGGAAGUCUAAGAUGUCAGUAAAGCUUUAAGAAGAAACUAUUGUGUAUAUAUUUAGGGGAAGUUUCUACUCUGAUAUUUCAUAUUCACACACAACACACUUGGUGCAACUUGUUUGAAAUUGUUAUGUGAUCAGUGGUGUUUUUGUGCAUCCUUUGUAGAAAAGGAUGCUAGUAUGCAUACCAGUACAUUAUUGUAUGUUGUAUUGAUCGACACUUUGAAGCCUCACAGCAUAGAAAAGAAAUAGAUAAGCUUAUUAAAGCUCAAUGAACCAUUUUCAAUCCUAACAGUGUGUUUUUUUCUAAUGACUGAAGUUUCAGUUAAGGCAGCGUUCAGAGAGAAAUACAUUAGGUGUCAGAAGUAUUUAUGUUUAUUUUGAAAUAAGGACACUGAUAUUUUUCUGUGUUGCUGAGAGGAGACUUGGCAGGCUGCGUCUGUCUGCUUGCCUUCAUGAAGUUAAGCCAUAAUGAAAAAUAAAUCAUGACACCUCCUAGGAACAGAGGAGAGAUCUUUCAGCUUGGAAAUAGAUUAGUGGAAUUACUUGGCAGCUCCUUUCAAAGUACGCAGUACAGUAACUGAAGACUGAUCCUGUGUCUAAUAUAAUGUAUAUUUUAUGCUAAAAUCGUUGAGACAAAUCUGAACAUUGUUGGCAGUUAGCUGUAGUUCCAAUCACACAAAUUAACCGCCAUAAUUAUUUUAUAUUUAAAUUUGUCUUCAACUGCAAUUUUCUUUCAUGUUAAUGCAGAAUGAAUGACUGUUUAAUCAAGAAAUUAUCUUAAUGUCUUUUGAGUGUGAAAUAAAAAUAUUUAAUGAACUCAGUUAUAUGUACACAAAAGCUGUUGUCAGAUACUGUCCGGCCUUGCAAUGUAGUAUGGGACACAUGUGGCAGACUUAAACUACAAAAGGGCCCCAGCUGCUUGCAGUAGUCUACCAGUAAGCAGAACAUAUUUCACUAUAAACAUAUCAUGUUUUGUCGUUAACAUCAGUAUGAUCAAAAUCUACAGUUUGAAAUAAGCUCAACCAGUAAAACUGACAGCAUGUGAGAAAGUUGAAUACUUUUCUACGAAGUUAAAUAAAUGAAAGCACUGGCUCAAUCUGAGUCGAGAGAGCUUAUCCUGUCUCAGCCCUGUCAACAUGGUUUCACACAGCCAAAUCUGUCACAGCUCAUAACAAACCGUGUGUACUGUUGUGUUUAUUUCACUCUGCCUGGUAAUCUAGACACCGUAGCGCACAAACAACCCAAAACAGUGACUGUUAUUCAGAUUAAGCCGUGUUCGAACCUGCCUGCAGCUCUGACGUGUAGUGAAACUGUAACUAACCCUUUCAACCUUUAUACUUUUGUGUGCCUCAUAAUUGUGACUCACUUUGUUGGAGUCACAAAGGGGAAGGGAGGCAGCCAUUUGCGUAAAUGGAUAUAAAAACUAUGAAAUGAGAGGAGGGAGGAUACUUGUUGCAGAUAUAAGGGUUCAUUUGCAUGUCUUCCUCUGAAACAAAAAGGGAUGUAAUAUUUCUGUUUUAAGAGGACCACGGUUGAGGUCAUGGGAAAUAACUUCAGGGUUUUUCCUCUUCCCCUAGUUCAGGAUUUGCCAGCAGGGCUCCUUUUGCAGUGUGUUCAUGUAGGACUCCUCAGGGAUGAUGUCAUACGGUCAGAAUUCAGUUAUCAUAACAAUGAUGAAGUCCAGCUCUUGACUCAAGGGUUUUCACUUUGAAUAGAUAUACUAAACAGCUUUGGGUUGGUGUUGAAAUUUCAUGUUUCAGUUAGAAGAGGAGCAAUGCCUCUAUAAAAUCAUUACACUAUGGCCAUAAUUGGUCCUUAACCCUUUGUGUGAAGGACCAGUUUGCAAAUGUGAGCUAUGAUAACAUACAAGAGAAAGAUGCUGAACAGACAUCAUGUGUGAGAGAUUGUCAUAACCAGCCUAUUAGUGUGGUAGAAGGUGGUAUAGAAUCAGCCAAAGAGCAAAAAUCCAGUGCAUUAGAUAGAAAUAAGCAGUCUAGCUGAAGUUGAAUGAUAAGGAAUUUUAGUCCUGUAAUUGGUUUCAGUGUGUGGUGUUAGAAAAUGAGAUCCUACCCUGGUCAUAGGGUGUACCACAAGGUUCAAUACUAGGUCCUGUUUUAUUUACAAUUUACAUUGAUAAUAUUAUGCCUUCUAUCACUGCACUGUCAGCCCAUUCAAACUCUGCAGCAAGCUCUGUUUGAUCUGAAACUGGUUCUCAACUCAAACAAAGCAAAAUACACGACAUUUUCCCGAACCAGAGAUAUUGUAGAGGAGGGUUUACAUAUCAAUGCUCUGACUGGACACCAUAUUGGAAGAGUCACCGAGUGUAAAUGUCUUGGAUUAUGGUUGGAUCAAAAUCAUUCUUGAGAAAUUCCAUGUUGAUUCUCUUGCCCAAAAUAUCAGAUUCCUCUACAGAAACAAAAGUGAGUUCCCAAGGCUCUGCAGAAAACAAAUCACUGUGGCCGUCUUUUGAGUUGUUUCAGAUUUUAGUGACAUUGUUGAUUUUCAAUUACUCCAAUGUUGGGUGUAAUUGCUUCUGAUUGUGUUAUAGCCAGCUUGUAUUUUGGAAUUUGUAUUGUUCUGUACUUUUGUCUCAUUUUGUUGUACUCUCGACAUUGUUGAAAAUGAGAGCAUGCUCUCAUUGGUCUUUGAGAUUUAAAUAAAGUUUAAAUGAAUGAAUGAAUGAAGUUUGUUUAGCUAAAAUCCCCUCAAAAGGAGCUCGAAGUAUACUUAAAGCCUGUUCCUUUUGAAAAUAACACACUUUUUACCUCGUUUAAUUUCCCUCUGGGACUAAAUGACUUUCCUCUGAGUACAACAAACCAAAGAGUCUUAAAAAACAGUGAAAUACAGGCCUAUAUGUGUCCUUCAUCCUCAGUGCGCCGCCCUCUUCCUCCUCCACUUUCUUUGUUUCGACUGGUUUCUGCUGCUUAAACUGUUUCACAGUAUCAGAGCCUCCUACACAUGAUGUAAGAUGAGAAGUCAUCACUGGUUUCUUAGGAACUAAUGGAAUCUUUGAAAUUCAAGGUUUGUGUGUGAAGACGUGACAGAUUUUUUUUUUACUUUAGCUGAUGGUUUUGUUAUGUGCCCAUUGCUUUAAAUCUUGGGUUAGUUGGAGGUCAAAAAUGAACUGAAACCAUCUAAAAGAGAUACAGUUGAGCUCAGAAUAAAAGCAGUCCCGCAUCACUAGAAAGAUAAAUCACUGUUUCAACUUCUAAACCACAAGUAAGUUUCUAGAAGGUUUAGUUUAGGUAAAGAAAACCAACAGACCCAACAGGCGUGACAUGCGUGCUGCUGAUUAUAAGAAACUGAAUCAUUUACUGAAAGGGGCGUGUUCAAAAAGAAAAUAGCAGUGCUGAGUUCAGUUAGUAAGGUCAUUGAUUAUGUGAAAAAAAAUAGGUGUUAAACAGGUGGCCCUUAUUUAAGGAUCAAGGCAACAGAGUAAAAUGGGUCCUUCAAGACACUGUUCAGAAGAAGAGCAUUCUUUGAUUAAGAAAUUAAUAAAAGAGGGGUAACCCUAUAAAGAAGUGCAGAAAAUGAUAGGCUGUUCAGCUAAAAUGAUAUCAAAUGUUUUAAAAUGGCAGCCAAAACCCGAAAGGCGUGGGAGAAAAAGAAAAACGACUAUUAGAAUGGAUCGGAGAAUAACCAAAAUGGCAAAGGCUCAGCCAAUGAUCGGCUCCAGGAGGAUCAAAGAAGAUCUAAGAUCUGCCUGUGAAUACUGUAACAAUCAGACGACGUCUAUGUGAAGCCAAGCUACCAGCAAGAAGCCACCGCAAAGUCCCACUGUUCAAAAAAAUACAUGUGCUGAAGCGGUUACAAUUUGCCAAAGAACACAUUGACUGUCCUAAAAAGAAAUGGCGUAAUAUUUUGUCGACUGAUGAGAGUAAGAUUGUUCUUUUUGGGUCUAAGGGCCACAGACAGUUUGACAGACGUCCUGCAAACACUAAAUUCAAGCCACAGAACACAGUGAAGACGGUGAAGCAUGGUGAUGUUGAUCCUAUUUAUCGCAUACCAGAGAUCACGGAUCAGUUUAAGUACAUCAGAAUACUGGAAGAAGUCAUGUUGCCGUAUGCUGAAGAGGAAAUGCCCUUGAAAUGGUUGUUUCAACAAGACAAUGACCCCCAAACACACCAGUAAGCGAGCAAAAUCAUGGUUCCAGACAAAUAGAAUUCAAGUACCGGACCUUAAAAUAAAAAAUGCUGAUCAUGAGUCGAAACCAAGAAAUGCAGAGGAAUUGAGGAACGUAGUACAAUUGUCCUGGGCUGCAAUACCUGUUGACCGGUGCCAGAAGCUGGUCGACUCCAUGUUCCACAGAUGUGAAGCAGUUAUCAGAAACUGUGGUGAUGCAACUAAGUGUUAUUUUAUUAUUCUCAGGAAAGUUGAAUCUUUAAGCAUUUCUUAGUUUAUACAGUACAUUUUUAAGUUUGUAAAGAAAGAUGUCAACACUGCUUUUUUUUAACAUUACAUUUCUUGACUUUCUGUAAAAUGUUAUCAAAUUCAAUUACUUUUCCAAUUUUUCUUGCUUUGAAACAGAAUGUGCAGGGUCCCCAGUGCAUUUGUGUUCAUUAAAAUACAAUUUAUUUGAAGAAUUUUGAGGUUUACUCAUCUUUUUAAACACACUGCUAUUAUUAUGAACAUAACUGAAUAUGUUGUCAAAAGUGGUUAAGACAGCUUUAUGAUGAUAUCCUCUGUCUUUGAAGCCUUAAUGGCAGAAAAACUAGCAUAAAGAAAAGGUGUUUUUCCUCUUCCUCUUUUUUAACAGUGAUUUAUCUUAUGCUCUUUGCAGGUGACCAUCAUUGAUACAGGAGUGAGGGGAAUGAUCGCUGUUGGUUUAGUGCCGCAGAACUACAAGCUGGACCACCAGCCGGGCUGGCUCCCACAGUCUGUGGCUUUUCAUGCUGAUGAUGGAAAGUAUGUGUCCAUGAUGAUUUUCUGUACAUAGGCUGGACUGGACAUGUGGAUGCACAGUUUAAUGAUAGUUUGAUCAGGUUUUCCUUCUUAUUAUGACUCCUUCAGUCCAAACAGAGAUCCUUUUUACUGGGCUUUUUACAUCCUCUGGCAAAGACUUGACUUGAAAUGCGUUUGGAAUAGUCCUUAUUGAAGAAACCAGCAAAUAUCCUCUCUCUGGAGGUCUUAUGAGGGUAUGCCGGAAAUUCAUUUUAAGUCUAAUGCAAAGUUUUAACACUCCUAAAGAAGUCAAUCCAACAGCACAUUAGAGCAGCUGUGAGUUCAUUACAUAAAAGUGAGUUUUUAAUGCAACCAACAGGGCUAUAACAGUAAAACAGAUUUCAGGGAACUAUAGGAGGGGGAUAGAGAUAAACAUAUAAUCUCUGGCCACAAUUAUUCAAUUCAGUGAUCUAAAAAUCCUUAGUUAUAACACACUGCAAUUCAAACGCUGAAUUUUCUUCUAUAUUCUCGAGAGACAAGGGAAGAGACACUCAGUGGAAGAUAACACGAGGAAGCUCUGAUUAUGUGCAAUUUUUGGUCUCAAUUUCUUCUUGUAGCUUUUCCUGAUUCUUCUGCUUUAGGGAGUAAAUGUGCAAAAUCGAAGACAUAAUUAGCUUCAUGAUUAGAUCAUCAAGAUUUUUGCUAUUUGUUCUUUCGCAGGCUGUAUAAUGGAAACACAGUAGGACAGCAGUUUGGUCCUAAAUGCUGUCGGGGUGACAGAAUUGGCUGUGGACUAUCUCUUGACUCUGAAGAUGGACAGUUGACAGUGUUUUUUACCAAGAAUGGAAAAGAAGUAAGUUUUCCGUAACCUCACUUCACCUGAGACAGGAGUCUUCAGUUUGAAAGUAUUUAUCCACCAUCCUCAUCGACUUUCCUUGUCUGCAUUUGCCCAGAUUGGCAGUGUUGAAGUUCCGGGGCCUCCUGAUGCACUGUACCCUGCUGUGGGGAUGCACUCUCUUGGGGAAGAAGUGCUGCUGGACCUGAAUGCUGAAUGGGGGAUGGAUGAAGAUGAUGGGCAGAUGAUAGUGGACAGUCAUGAAGAGGACUGGUGCCGUCUUCAUGAUGUCAAGGUGACUGGCACGGUAAGUCCUGAUGAUAAGUUUAAAAAAAAAGAAGGUUAAAAAAAAAAUGGAUAUUUAAAAUUUGCUUUGAGCAAGUGUGCCAUUAGGAGGUAUAUAAUGUCUCAAGCAGCCUCCAACAAGGUUUCAGCGCAGUAGGGAUGUCCCGAUACAUCACUGAUAUUGGAUAUCAGUCCGAUAUCAGUAAAAAAUUAAUAUCAGAUUAUACCGGCCUGCGUCUAAAAUCACUGAUAUCAGUACUCCAAUACAAGCAGUCCAUUCACAUAUUUUCAAGUUGACACAAUGCGCUUGCGUCACCACAGUAGAAAGAGGAAUAUGCGCGGUUUUGGUUUUGCGGAGCGGAACAAAUGAAUGAUGAGGGGGCAUUUUUUUUUUUCUGCAGACUAGCUUCAGUAGCUCAUUAGCACUUCGCCUCUGAGUCGUGGGCGGAGACAGCACUGCUCUUUACACCCCUCUUAACGCUAGCUUGCAGCCUAACACUGCCGGUGUGGUAGCAGAAGCAGGUAACAUAGAAGCUACUCAGACACUAAUGUCUUUUGGGACAUGAUGAAAGUUAAUAUCAUAAUUAGCUUUUUUACGAGCAUUCGAAUCCACAACCGCACAUGCUUCUUCCACAAUUGUUCCAAAAAUAAUUGCACUUUAAUGAAAAAAAAAAAGUUUUGUCCGAUUACUCAAUUAAUCAAUGGAAUAUUCGGUAGAAUACUCGAUUAAUAAAACAUUCGAUAGCUGUAGCUCUAUAUUUCAGACCCCGCUCUGGCCCCUCUAUCUAGCAGUGCCUUGAUCCAGCAUGCAGAGCCCACAUAAUCACAACAACAGUAUCAAGGAGUAGGAGUGAUGUUGGCCGUAUGUCAGUAUUUUUCAUUCAAGUCUGAAAAAUACGUUGCAGCUGAGUGCAAAAAUUGUCAUGCACAAGUUUGUGCCAAUAUCAGAUCAAUAUCAGUAUCAGCCAAUACUACAAUAUCAGUAUCAUAUUGGAAGUAAAAAAGUUGUAUAUUGGGACACCCCUGCAAUGCAGUGAUUAGCUGCCAUCAGCUGGGGAAGAAACUAUGUACGGUAGAUCACUGAUCUGAGACAAUCAGAAAACUUUCAUUAAAGCCACUUGAAACCCAAAUCCUAAACCAGUUAUCUCGUCAUUAAAAAGUCCAUUUCUGCAGCUAUUUACACUCAUUGAUGCCGUUGUCUGUACCUGCUUACUGAACACAUCAAAUGUUAACUGUGGACUGUUGUUGACUGCAGCUGCAGGAGUUAAUUGUGUCAGUUGAGGUUUUUUUUUUUUUCACCAGUGGGUAUAGAGCGUUGGCCUUGCAAAGUAUUGAGCUGUUGAAUGUUGGAUGUUAAGUCUCAGCUGCUGAAACAUAUAUACAGGUAUUCAGGAUCAAUACUGUUUAAUGAGGAAAAAGGUGCAUAGAACCUUUUUAAGGCUCUGGAGGUGGUGUGUGAUAUCUAUCAUGUUAAAAAAAAAGAGGAAAAGGUAGAAAGAAAGAAUGAUCCACCAAAACCUUCAACCCUCACUGUUGUCAGUCUCGGUUUUUUGCCUCAUUUAUGUGAUAUGUUUCAUACCAUGCAAAUCUGACAAAUGUUAUUAGCACACAGCUGAAUCAAUGGACUUCCCUCUGACCCAGUCUAUGAAAAAAGGCCUUCCUCUAAUAGUGGCCGAGUGGACCUGAUAGUGAAAACCCACACAGUCACAGAGUCAGUAACAGCAGGUGCUACAAAAACUCAGGUGAAGUCAGGAGAACCACCCAGGUAAUCGGUUUUUGAAAGAGAUUUAAAUGUGGUCACAGUCUUUGUUGAGCUGGUGGUGAGACUGAUUCCUGGUCCUGGCAUGAGUUGAUAUUUUCCACUUCCCUUCUCUCUCCCUUCAUUUCCCGUCUCCUGUCUCUCCUAACCCAUUCUUUCAAAAUAAUAAUUUAAAAAAAAAGCCCAAAAACGAAUCUAUGGAAAUGAAAAUAAAUGAGGGGUAAUUGAAUCUGAUGACCCUUUCUCACCAGGUAGCUUGCUCCGGAGCUUUCGGGCUUUAACUGAAAAUACUCUAUCGCCUCUAAUUUUCAUCAGUGUCUCAGAAACACAUAAAAGGCCCCUGUGCAAGGAUCUCCAGAUAGUAAUUGUUAUAAAUUGUCGAAAACCUUCCCCGACCUCUUCUCUCUUACUAUGUCUGAGUCUCCACCCUUCUCUCUGAUGGCAGGGCUGCUGUGUUUGUGUCUGACUCAGGCGUUGAUAAGCACUGAACCUGAAUUCAAAGAGGAUGGGAGGAGAUCACAGCUGACUCGCCCUGAGGCAGGAGUGUAACCUGUGCGCCACCCGCACAUCCAAUUAUCCUUUAUUUCAACAAACAUAGCCUUGACUUGAAUGAAUGCAGGGCUCCAAAAAUGUUGUCGGAUCUUCCUCAAACUCAUCAGUUACACAUUUGCACAACUUCAUACAAGAAGCUGUCAGGAAAUAAAAAAGCUCUCAGUGACAGAGCAAAAGUAAUGCUUUCCAGUGGAGUCUUAAUGUAAAAUUAAAUGUAAAUGUUCUUUAUUUAUACGGCCCUUUACAACAACCCUUUUAGUGAACCAAAGUGCUUUACAAUAGAAAAUAAAAAUGAAUAAAUAAAAACAAUAAAAGCAAUAAUGUCCAUGAAGGAUAUCGGUGCAUCACUUUGAAACAAAGGUUUUACUACAUUUGUUGUAUUUGUGACUUCAAAUUAGUACAUGUUCUGUUUUCUGGAUGUCUUUUAUUGGUUUAAUCUCCAUUAGUAGAAGAUUAUUACAAUAAACUGCAUAAUUAGUUAUUAAAGUAAAAGCAUAUAAUUUUUUUUUAUCAUGAAUAGUCACAAAAAUUAUCAAAGUGAUCUUUAGAGUCCCACUCCAAUCGUUUGUUUUUACUACUUAAAGUGUUCUCAUUGGUCUUUAAAGUGUAAUUAUGAAGUUUUUACCAUUCACACAUUACCUACAUUAGCUUGCAGUUAAUAUCAUAAUUAGCUUUCUCACAAGCAUUGCAAUCCGCUAACGCACACGCUUGUUCAGCGAUCGUUCUCUGUAUUUCUCCUCUAUAUGCAGAGUGUGGCCUGCAUAGCGGGGCUCCGGGGGCGGAGCUUGGAUUGAUUACAUAUGAAAUCUCACUGUUUCUGAACCUGCCCAUGGAGAUUCUCAUUCAGCCAGGUCAUGGUUAUCUCGAAGACUCCAAAAUCAGGCAAGUGGACUGUGUAGAGUGUUUAGAGAAUGACACAGUUCAGUUGCCUGAUUUUGGAGUCGUCGAGAUUCUGAACCUGCCGUUUGGGUCUGCCAGAGAUUCACAGCGAUUUGAAUGAAGAAAUACUCAGAAAUGCAAUUUCACAUUGAGUUUUCUCAUUAUAUGUCCCGUGGCCUCAGAAAAAUGUCAUAUAAACAUAUAAAAAAACAUGAAUUUCAUCGGAGUGGGUCUUGAAGAACAUCUAGAAGAUUUCGAAAACAAAUGAUCAAAAACCCACAACAAACGUUUAGACUCCAAUCCAGUUAAAGUAUUUUCUCUUCAUGUGUAUUUCCACAGCUGCUGGAGUAUGUGGGUAAAGGGAAGAGCAUCAUGGACGUGGGCUUAGCUCAGGCCCGUCGACCUCUCAACACACGCUUCCACUACUACGAGCUGGAGAUCACGGACGCUGGAGAGAAGUGUUACAUCGCCCUGGGGCUGGCACGCAGGGUAACAGCCUUCACAUUCUAGCCAUCACCAUUUCAAUCCCACGUCAUUAUCAGUGACACAACUUGUAACUUCAUGUACACAUACACACACACACACUCUGUGGUUAUUUGUUAAGAAACCCCCCUUUACCCUCCUCACACCUCGUCACCGCUCUCCCUCAUGUGCGCCGCUGCUCUCACUGUUUCCAGUGCGAGUGAUUGAUGAGGGACAGAGGAAAAGCUAACAACAAAAUAAAUAUUGUCUCAUUUUGCCCCCACAUCUGGUCUUCCAUGGAGAGCAGGUUUUUCCAUUUACAUGUGAAAUGACUAUGUUUAACAAAAAUACAGCCAAUUAUGUAAAGGUUAGUUAUGAGAUACGGCGGGUCUGUUGCUUUCUGUGUCUGCUUUGUUUUUUGUUUUCCGUCCUCUCUCUAUGCAGUAAGUCUCCAUGUAAAGGCAGAUAAAAAAGAAAAGAAUUAAAAGUAUGCAGGACUUCCUCGGGCGAAAUAAUUGAAGCGUCAUAACCUAAUUAAUUUGUCUCCAUUAGGUGCUUUUAAUCUGAAAUGAUGACAGAAAAUGAUGAUGGGUAUUUUGGAAAUAAGCAGGGUGUGAGAGAGGACUUGUUGAUUGUCUACACAUUAGAGAUACAAUCAUCUGUCAUCGCUCUUUUGGAUCGUCAGAACGGCCUGAUUGGACUCUUAUUGACUGCCGAUCACUCAGCUGUUUUUACAGCUGUGAUGACGCCCACAGCCUGGAAGAUGAUGGAUUAUGGCUGUACAUGUCCAUGACAUAAACUCCUCCUCCACUCCUCUGCCGUCACUUACUGCGUGUGGGCACUUUGCGCCCUCAGGUCAGACUGUGAGGAGAAUAGAGCUCUGUCGUUUUCGCUGAUUGUUUUCCAGGAAUUGUUUUUCUCAACAUGUCUGCGGUUUUAGCGGAGCGUCAUAAAUCCAUCAAUUGGUCAUUCCUGAGGUUUUUUCUUCCUUCCCCCGUCCUCUUCUGUAGGACACAUCACUCCGCUGAUGUGAAACAUAACCUCUUGCUACAAAAAUCCAAACAAAGAUGUCUCUUUCUUUUUCUCUCUCUGUGUGUCAGGGUAACACAUGCUGAACGGUUGCUCAAUCCUUGUUUAUAAACGAUAAAUUAGUAAUUGUCUAUGGUGCAUUCCUUUUCUGUGUUGUUCUUUCAGGGAAAAUGUUUUUUUUUAUCUUCUACUCACAAGUCAUUGUGUCCACACUCUUCUUUUUCUUAUUCUUCUCCUUCGCCUUGUUCUCAGCCUGUUGCUCAGUCCAUUAGGACAUAGAUGUGGGGAAGUCUAAACUUAACUUAUUAAAUUGGGCAUCUAGAAAUAUUCAGUGGAUUCAUUCAUGGAGAUGUAAAUGCUAGAGAAGUUUUAAAAAAUCAAAUAGAUCAUAUUAGAUCAAGGAUCUCAGUAGAGAUGAAGAAAUGUGAUGUGAAGGCUACAGACCAUUAAGGUACAGACACAUAGGAUAAUGAUACAUAUGUGAGGGGUGGGGAGAUCUAGAGCCCAGACCCCAGGGAAUUUUAGGGUCAAAAGCUUUAUGUCGUAUAAUUUGUCCUGAAUUUUCUUUGAGGGCAUUCAAAGCAGGUUUAUUCGGAAGCAGCAGGCAGUAUUUUCUAAGAUGAUUUAUCUUAAACUAGAAGAAGACUUUUUUCCAUCUCUAAAUCUGAAAUUCCUUCAGGAUAAAUGAAGUAUUUAUCCAUCUAUCUACAGUGAACCACAUCAUCUUUGUUUCUGCGGAUGAGUUCUCAGAUAUGGUCAAACCAAAUCCAGUAAGAGUGAGAUUCACAAAAGCGAUUAAAUGUUGUAUGAGUGGGUAAGACCCGCGUUUGGGUGGGCUGAGUCCACCCAGGCCUCUUGCUGCUGCUGGUUCAGACAUCAAGGUAAAGAAAACUCUGAUAAGUCUUAAAACAGUCCAGAUGAUUCAAAGGUCCUCCACAGUUUCAGUAGUCACUGUUGUCUGGAAGUGAUAAGGCUGAUAAGUGUCGCACUGCUUGAAAAAAGAUUUUGUUUCCCUGAAAGUUGAGUCACUUUGCCUUUUCCAAGUCCCAUUAAAAGGUAAAAUCAUAAAAACUUCAUACAGAAACUAAACCAAAUGGAUGCAGAAAGUUUUAAAACAACACAUACUGACACUUGGGAUCACUCUCUCUUUAUGUUUUACAGGACUACCCCAAGAACAGACAUCCAGGCUGGAGCAGAGGCUCUAUAGCCUAUCAUGCAGGUGUGUACAUUUAUAAUGCCACGUGGCGCUCGCUUAUGAAACAUCUGCAUCAUAUUUAUUUUAUAGCACCACGGUCGAAACGGCAGACCCUGUGAGUCUGUAGUGUGCAUGUUUGAGUCACUAAUGUUCACUAUGAUGGUAUCAAAGGUAUAUUUUCUGCCUUUGUUGUGUCACAUUUUCUCAUCAGCACUAAAGAGGCUUUCUUUUACUCUCUGCAGAUGACGGGAAGUUGUUCCAGGGAAGUGGGGUCGGGGACCCAUUUGGACCGCGCUGCUUUGAGGGAGACAUUAUGGGCUGUGGGAUCAUGUUUCCGCGGGACUACAGCCAGGAUGCUGGUGGUUAACAUCUUCAUCAUUGCUUCCAAUUUGUUCACACAGUCCGCACAAUCACUGAUGAUCCGUGUUACUUUUUCUUUUGGUCUUUAAGAUGACGGAGAUGACUGGGACUUCGAGGUGUUCCAAAAGCCUGAUGAGGUUCAGAAUGACCUGUAUGCAAAUAAUGAAGAUGAGGAAGAGGAGGAGGGUGAAAAUUUGGACGGGAGAAAAGUCAUGGUGAGAUGAUGUGAAAUUAAAGAUAUCGAACAGGGGACUCAAAAGUGAAAAUAUUCUCAUCCUCUCCUUUUUGUGUCCUUUCUUUUUCGGUCAGGUGUUCUUCACCAGAAAUGGAAAGGUGGUAGGACGGAGGGAGGUGGCUUUACCUGUAGGUGGAUUAUACCCCACAAUCGGCAUGAUGAGCACAGGGGAGAAGGUGAAAGUGGACUUGCACCCUCUCAGUGGCUGAGCGAAGGAUAUAUUAAAAUGGAGCGAUGACUUACAUGAAGCUCUGGGUCGAUUUGGGAAAUGGGACAAAAAGUAGUACCUCCAAACCAACAGGCUGAAUGAUAUUACUUGAAAAGUCACUCCAGACUAGAGGGUGAACAUGGCUCCAGAAUCAUCAGACUGUUUGAUAUCAUGUUUUGUUUUUUUGAUCACAAAUGAUCAGAAUAGUAUCUUCUUAUAUUACAUGUGCCUCUGAAAGUGCUUCAUGAUCGAACGGUUAAACAGAAAAAGACACUUUUUCAUUCUCUCAGAACAAGAAAUGAACAGAAAAUACCAAAAAAGAGGUCUCACCAGAAUAAUGAAUUUUUAAGCUCUACAGACCUUCUUUACUCGCAGAGAUGUACUUUUUAAAAAUGAAUAUGUAGCUACAUCCUCACAGCCUGUGGUUCUAUUGUGCUCACACCCAGAGAUCUGUCGUACUUUCACCCUUUGAUGGUGAGUUACUGACACUCAGUGGUGAGAGCGAUAGCCUGAAAAAUUACUGUCACACAUAUACUUAAAAUUUCUACAAUCAUAAUGACCUAUAAUAGCAAUAUUAUAGUGGGUGUUUAAAACAGGAACAAUCACAACAUGAUUGUAGCUGAGUCGUCAUUUGAAAGACAUGGUUUACAGUCACGUAUUUUGUGAGCAAGAUGUGACAGUGAAACAAAAAUGAUGCCAGGGAAUAAACCCCAAACAGACCAAGACCAAAACUAACUGAGCCAACAUAAUCUCAAGACAUCAGUUAAGGAAAUGAAUGUAUUAUUAUUAUUAUUCUUUUUCUUUUCUUUUAUUUGUGCAGAGAUGUCAAGUCUCCAAGUUUUACUGCCAAAAUCUAAUUCAGGCUUUAAUCUGUAAAUCUGUCUUUGAAGUACUGAUCUAAAUGUUAGAUUAUUUAGUCAAAACCAAACUCAGCAAAGCCUUUUUUUACACACACACACACAUAUACAUAUACAUAUAUAUAGAUGAAAUUUAUGAAAAAAAAAACAAAUCUUUUUUAUUUUUGGUGGAUUUAGAAAAACUUUGAUUUAAAGGGAAUCAUUGAGGAGGAAGUGUAUUUAACCUGCAGGACAGUCAAGGAUCAAUCCAGGAUAAAGUAGCAUUGGAGUAAAUUUGUAACAGUUCGAUAUCUGAGGGUGUGUUGAGAAAGAGCUGAAUGUUGACAAUGAAGCCAUACUGUAACGUAUAUUUUUUUGCUCUCAGGUUAUGCUUGAAAAUCAGAAUCGCUCUGUCUUUUUGUAAGGUUACUUUGUAAUAUAUGCUGUAUUUUAAAGUCAACCUUUGAUCGCCAAAGGCCUCGAGUGUGUUUGAUAUGCUUUUCUUUUUUGUGUCACAAGAAUCAUGUUGUUUUCAUAACAAAUCAGUUUCUGUUAAAACAGAAUUGUAGUUUUCCCCUGACUCUUUGUCAAAGUUUACUGUUGGUUACCGGGGGAAAAGGCCUUUUUUUGUGUGAUACCAAAACUUAAAACUCUGACUAUACCUUUAAUUAAAACUGAAAAGAAAGAGUUUGUCUUUAUUUUCUGUUUGAGACAGCACAGCAGAUUUCUGGAUUAAUACAAAGCAAUCAUAGUAAUAUGCUGCUGACGACAAAAACAACUUUAAAAGUUUUUCUUUUUCUUUUUUGUACAGUUUUAAUACUGUAUAUAUUAUCAGUUUCACCCAUCCUGACUCAAACAGAGAUCAGACCUGGAGCUCCUUUGUUUGCUCACUCCAUGUUCGAUCCAUGUUAGGUGUUGAAUCAAAAAAUAUUUGAAAGCAUCCAUGAAGUGUCUCCCCGCUCAAGCAAAAGUUUUAAAGACUGUGGUGUUGUCAUGUGAUGCUGAUUGUGCUGCUAACUGUGUGUGGUGGAAACUGCACACUAUCACACCAACAUGUACUGUGGACAGGAUGUACCCAGGAUUCUACUUCACACUUUUCACACUUUACCGUUUUAAUAGUGAAACUAAUCAUGAUUGAAGUUAACCAAGACAUCUUUAAGUCUGUCUUUUGUGUACAUCCUGUUAUGUGUGUUUGUAAUUCCUAUUUGUCAGUCUUUUCACAAAAAACAAUCAGAAAACCAUGCCAAAAAUAAUGUUUGUUAAAUAAACAUUUACAAUCAA